AUGUGUCCAGAAUUGCCGUCCGGUUGAAUUGUGUUGGGUUCUGUUCUAUCGAUCUGAGUCUAAACUGCUCGGAUUUUCGGUAGAGUAUUGUGGAGAACCAUCAUGUGGUACGCCGAGCCUAAAAAAUAUGCGUUUCUGCCUUCCGUGGCUCUAUUAUACGGUUGUCCAAUUUCCUGCCGUUAUUUGGUUCCUUAAGAUUCUUGUAAUUUGUUGGAGAAAAUGAAGUGGGGAUUGCUCGAGCUGUGUUUGUAUUUCCCGAGUAGUAGUGAGAUAUGCACCGAUGAGACCAGCCUUCAAUCGGCUCGCCUUUCCAGAGGCCAUCUGUAGCGCCUCAAGGUUCUCGUUCCCUAUCUUCAUCCGAAGAACCAAUUCUCUCAACCGGUUUGCCAUUGCAGUCUUUGUUGCUUCAGAAUCUUCAAAACAGGCCCCACCAAAAGAAAUGGUGCAAACGACAACGAGUUUCUGAGUUUUCCGUUCAACAGGUUUCGAAAUGGCGUUGUACCAACGAGAACUCGAUCGUAGUUGGAGUCCUCCAAUUGGUCGGAGGAGGUAUACCAAGUCUGGUUUUGGAACUCAGAUUAUAUCUCACAGAGUCAGUUCGCCAGCAUUUGGAUUUGGAAGCUCUGCUCGCAGUGAUGCAGAGAAGAUGUACAUCAAUGCGGAACUGGCCAAACAGCAAGUCGAUAAGUGCAGUCCUGGUCCACAAUACGAUGCUCUGUCAUCUUUUGGGAAACAGCCGAAAUCUAUUAACGAGAAUCCUCCUGAAAUCCACUUCCCUGUUGGUUCAAGGUGGUUCCGGAGGAGAAGAGAAGAGGAGCCUCCUGGACCUGGAACUUACAACAGGAAAUCGGGCUUUUUAACACAGUUUGCUCCAUCGAGACAAAGGUCACCUGAAGGUGCAUUGUUCGGGACUUCAACAAGGAAGCAGAGAGAUGAGGUUUACCUAAGCGUUGAGUUCGAUAAGGCGAAAUAUGGGACCCUUUCACCAGGUCCGUCCGCAUAUGGUGCAAGAUCCACAUUUGGUCCACAAUGCUCAUCGCCAAACAGGACGGCUCCGCUUGUCGGUUUUAUACAUGACAAGCGAUUCAAGUAUCAUCUCAUGGGCAGGCCAGGAGAGACGACUGGACCAGGUCAAUACGAUCAGAAAGGUUCUAUAGGAAAGCAGAAUGAAGCAUAUAAGGACACUUUGCCGGCCUUCUCAUUUGGAAACUGUACGCGAGAUAAUGCGAAUAAAGUAUUUAUAUCCAUGGAGCACGACAAAAUCAACUAUGGUAUCCAAUCACCGGGGCCAGCUGUCAUUAAGCUGAAAGGAUGCAUGGGCAAGCAGCCCAGCUCGAGGAACAGGAAUCCUGCAUUUGUUCGUUUUGGUAAAGGCUUACGAUGGCAAUUUUCAGCCAAUGAUGCUCCUGGGCCAGGCUCUUACGAUUGCUAGGGUCCUGGCAGAUGAUCCUGCACAGCUCUUCAUGGUGCAAUCGUUCCAUAUUAUCAACCUCCCAGCUUCUCUACUUCAUGCCAAUUACAAUUGGGGGCAAUGCUGUAAGGCGGAGCGAAUUCAGAAAGAUUGCCUAAGUUCGGACUGUUCUCUGCAACUCGAGAACAUGAAGUUGGAAUCGCUAGUCCUAUUCCUAUCUGCAGAUUUUCCUCUCAGGGAAGCAGAGUUCUGUCGUACACAAAUUUUGCAGUGGAACGUUGUCGGACACAACGGAAAUGGAGGUGCGCUUGAACACUAUGCUGCUAAUCUCAAAGCUUCCAGACCAUGCAUCGACACGCCCAGCAGUCGUCCGAGCUCUAAAAAAUACGACCAUAGGGUGGAGAGGUUCGGAUUCAACGUCAUUGCGUUCAGUUCUGUAAGCAUUCAGGGUCUAGUGUAGUCUAGCCGUAGUGAAUGUGGUCGUCAAGGAUGUCGGACGACUGGCAUUGUAUGUACUAAGUUUCAGGAAUGUGAGGUGUAACCGCUGUGGAGGUGUAACCUUCUCUCUCCAACUCCAUCUUUUACCAUCGGAAACGAAGAAGGUUAUCCGAGAGCUGAUGUCGAACCGAUAAAGUCAGAUAAUUUUUUGCCCCUUAUUAAAGGUCUGACAGGGAAUCCCAUACUCUCAAAACACGUCUUACAGAAGACGGUGAGGUUAGUAUUCCAGGGGACGACCAGAUCGAGCGUACCGAGUGGGCAAAGAAUGUACAUAGUACAGCACAACUUUUACCUUCCACAGUGGUUCUAUCUCCGUCCAUGAUGUAUCACUCAUUGAGUUCAUCUGAAAUCGACCAUCAAGUCUCAAAAUCAGUAAAAAGAGGAAUCUGCAC